AUGUUCCCGAUAGCGACACCACCAGCUCUACGCAGCAUAGCACCGGUACAUUUGACCCGAACAACUCCGAUUCGCUGUCUAUCUCGGGCCGGACCUCGCUGCAACGCUUCACAGCCGGCAACAUCGACCAACCCACACGCAGCUCGUGUCGCCGCAGUUCAGCGCAACAACAACGCUUCCGACGGCGACGCUAGGUCAAGGCUAGCGAAGCUUCAAGCACAAAGGCUCGAAGAGCUCAAUAGAGGACGAGGUGGACGAGGUGCUGGCAGACCAAACUGGCCAGAGCAGAAGUGGUCCAAUCGUACCUUGAUUGCUCUUGCGACGUCUGUGGGUGCUUGUAUGUACCUGAUGGGUACGUAUCGCGGAUACAAUGCUGGCAAACAGCAUGCUCUGGAAGCAAGGGAUUCGGGGCCUGGAAUCGAUGUUCCCGUUGUACCACUGGCGUCUCGGCUGAACGGCGGAGCAAGUCGAAGCGCAAGCUUAUCAGUUUCGUCAUUGUGGCAUAGCUUGAUGUCGAUGCUUCCACUCGGGAUGUUCGGCAAACCGGUGUUAUGCGAGCCAGAGAGCCGAGCAGAGGCAAUGAGUUCAGGAUGCCGGCUAGCAGAGCUCACACAGCAUUAUUGCGACUUUCACAUGAAUCGCGCUUUUUGCCAUACUAUUGACCGGAUCUUUCGAAUGUAA